AUUUUGAACCUACUAUUCAAGCAUUUUGUUCCUAUGGUCUUCAUUUUACUUAGCAAAUCAGAAAAACCAGAUAGAGAGAAAAAGUAAGGAAGAAGAGUGAGAAUCAUCAACAAUGAGUUUUCGAAAAGAUGAAUCUGAUAACAGUUCCACAGAUGAUGAUCAGAUCAUGCAAAUUCAACUUAAAAUUCAAUUUCACAGUACCAUAAAAGGGGAUCUCGAAACAAUCGAAUCCUAUGUGCAAAAAUUGAAAUCCAUAGCCAAUUCUCUAGCAGAAAUCAACAAUCCAAUCUCAAAUUCAGACAUGGUUUUGCAACUUCUUGCUGGUUUACCAACUCAAUACUCACCCUUCAAAAACACAAUAUCAUCAAUGUGUCCUCUCCCCAAUUUUGAACAAGCUUCUUCCAUGUUGUAUAUGCAACAGGACUUAUUAUCAUUACAGGAUCGUGAGGAGAAAUUGAAAGCUGAUGCUGGUGUUGCUAGUGCAGAGAAAUCGUCUGGUUUUUGGACAGCUGAUACGUUUCAUACUGUAAUUGAUACAUUGAGUAUUGCUGUUGCUGCUGUUGGUGCAGUGGGUACUGUCUGUGCUGCAGUUGGUACAUUGGGUACUGUUGUUGGUGCAGUUGGUACUGCGAGUGCAUCCAGGGUGAUUGUUGUUGGUGCAGUUACUGCUGUUGCUGGCUGGAAAAUUUGGCAAACGGUACCUCGCAAGUAAUUUAUCGAGUUGAUUUCUCGUAUGAUCACUAGUAGUAGUCGAAUGUUUUACGUGAUUUGAGGUGGAAGUUCAACACAAAUUUUGCUUGUGUUUUUCAAUAUUUUGAUUUUCCUUUGGAGGUGUGUAUGGUAUGGAGGCAAAGGCCGAGCCGGUAUUAAGCUUUGCGUUAAUUAUUUUUGUUA